GUGAUUGCCCCGGUCUUCAUCGCUGAGGAAGAGACGCAUAAGUUUAAUAUUUUACAAAUGCACAGGCGGGCCUGAUGCAGCUUUUCCGUAGUCAAGUAAUUCAUUACCUCAUAAGGAUCAGCAGUGGGAUGGCCAACCGCGUGCUUGUAUACAUCAACCAUGCUGUCUUGCAAACUUUGGAUGUCAUCCUUAUACCCCCAAUUCAAUUUUCCUUUCCGUUCUUCUUUGAUUUAAAUUAUUGCUAGCAAGCAGUUACAAGUUAUCACCGGUUCUAAAAAGUAGUAUACUAUUCCCAUUAAAUCACUCAAUUUUUUGACCUUGCCAAAA